GUGAAACAACGCGACUUGUAUUUGGCGCCGUUUCUGCGCAAUGCAGUCCGACUCUUGGAGCCCGCAUCGUGCGCGCCUGGACUGUAACCACCGACAACGACAGUUCGUAGAGCUUUUAGAUCCGAAACGUUUUCACAGCUCUCUCCCUCGCUGCAUGAGGGUUAUCAAUUUGAGUUCUCUCCUGCAAGCAGCGAAGCAGGGGCUGGGUUGCACAAGAAACCAGCGUCAUAAAAUUCAUAGUGAGGAAUGUGGAAAUUUCUGGCCACCAAGAUGAGAAGGUUUCCUUGGAUCUCCAACGUGGCUUUUUACAGCUGCGUCUUCGCGGCGGGGGAUCUGGCUCAGCAGAAUCUCUCAAAAAAGGCGAAAGUGGACUUUAAACAAACACGAAAUGUCACCACUCUGGCGUUGACCUUUCACGGCCAUUUCUUCUACCUGUGGAUGAAGACCAUUGAGAGCGUGUUUCCCGGCGCCACGGCGGGCGUCGUUCUGCGGAAGCUGGCGUGUGACCAGCUGAUCGGCACUCCCGCCGGUAUCAGUGCCUUCUACAUAGAUCAGCUUGACAUUAUCUCCAUGGCUGAUUUGACUACAACUCCAGACGAAAUUGAGAUGGAAAUGGCACGGAUCCAACGGCUUCGGGAGGUGCUAGUCCGGAGGGAAUCAGAGCUGCGAUUUAUGAUGGAUGACAUUCAGCUGUGUAAAGAAAUAAUGAAUCUAAAGCAGGAGCUCCAGAAAUUAGUCUCCAUUCCAGAAAAGGAUAAAUGCGAAGAGGACAAACAGAAGGAGGAUAUGCUGAUUCAGAAAAUCCAUAAAUUAGUGGAGAAAAGGGACUUUCUGGUUGAGGACGCAGAGGUGGAGAGAUUAAGAGAAAGAGAAGAAGACAAGGAAAUGGAAGAGUUUCUCCAAUCUAAGUUAAGACCUCUAAAAUACGUAACUAAGAUACCUCUGGAGGCUCCAAAAGAGAUGUCAGCAGUUAAGGAACCUCCUCCAAACAAACCAUCAGUCACCAAAGCUGGAAUGGCCUUAAUAAAAGAUUGCUGUGGAACUACACAGUGUAACAUUAUGUAGCUCCCGUGAAUCAUAUUUGAAUUUCCUAAGUAUUUGUGAAAGAGAAUUGCAGCUAGGUUGGACAAGUAACAGCUGACUAUACCAUACUGCGAUAAAAGACUGUGUUGAAGUGAGUCUGCCCUUCAUGCAUGGAUCACAAACUCUGCAUGCUAAAAAGCAAAGUACAUCUCGUUUCCACUGGUAGAAUGUGAACUUUUUAUACCUGGCAUGUGAGAUAACAAAGUAGUUUUAUGAUAUUGUUCCAGAAGUAAUAACAGGAUGCAUAUACCACUUAUAAAAUUUCCUACCAACACUAAUAGGAUUUUACACGGUUUUCAAUGGAACAACUCUUCCAGGCUUAUUUCAUAUUCCUCUAGAUUUUGCCAGGCAUUUCAGCCGGGGACUCACAAUUACAACACUUUGCUGUGAAAGAGCAUAUUCAGCUACUGAAAGUCAGGUAACAAACUUUACAAAACUUAAACUCAGUGACUGUAACAGGGAUAGAGACACAUUCUGUCCUGCAGAAAAAUGUAAAGUGACCAAGUAGAGAUAGUCAUGUAUAAUUUAAAAUGUUCUUAUUGUAGUACAAUUGUUUCCUUAUUGAUGAAUAUGAUAUUGUUAAUGUACUAUAAAAUUGAGAUUCAUCAGUAAUCAAAUAUAGAGUGAAGACAUUGUUAGAAUGUUGUAAAUUCUGCAAUUAAGGAGUCUUUUAAAAAUGAGCUUGGGGUCAUGGUGAAGAAAUUCAUCUUCGGGAGAAACACAAAAAUCAGUGACAAUUGAUCUUUGCCUGAAGAUGAAUUUCUCCCCAAUGUCCUUGUAAUUAAUUUGAUUACUUUUUUUUUCUUUUCUCUUGUUGGUUAUAUUUGAAUAAAUGUUCCCUUUCCUUUUGUGUACCAUUUUCUCCUUGGCAUAGAAACAACUUCAGAGGCUCAUUGGCUCCAAUGGUAGAAGGCGGUGAGAGCACAUGAAAUGUGGUAGAACUGAAACCAAUUCCCAACACAUUUGCACGCAACAUAGAUGAAAGUGAACUUUAGUCUUUCUCCUGACUCAUUGUGAUCUCAUAUUUAAAUAUGACUAAAUCCAAUAUUUGUUCUUACUUAAUGUAGAAUCUUAUCUAUUGCCACAUUCUAUUUUAAUGAAAUGUACAAUUAUUGAAAUGUGGUUAAACAGUUGUGCAUUUAGGCUCGGAUCACAAUAAAGGUAUUUGCUUGGAAAUGAAACAUUUCUCUGCUUUGUAGGGGAAGAGUAGUUGUGAAAAGUUUUUUUUUAAAAAAAGCUGAUAUUGGAAAUCUGAUAAACAGAAAACAUUGGAAAUAUUUCACAUUCUGGCAACAACUACGUAAAUAGAAAUAAAGUUCAUAUUUAAGGUAAAAGAUCCUGUCAGAACUGGGAAGUGAGAAAGCAAGUUAGUUUUAAAAUGCAGAAAAGAUGGGUGAACAAAUAGAUCAGACAAAGAGGUAUGGUGAUAUUUUGGUUGCUAUGUCAGUGAGCUGUUAUUGAAGCCAUCUGCUUGAUUGGGGAAUGGGUAGUGAGCAGACUUCUGAGUAGAUAAGGAAAUGUCA